AUGUCAAUUGAUCCCAAAUCUCCAGCACCGAUAGAACCAGGAUCAUUUAAAAGUCACGCGUUCAUAAAUCUUCAACAAAAGAAACCAUCAAAACCGGCAUUGUCACAUGCGGGACCUGGUACUGAUUCAAGAAAUUCAUUAAAGUCAACGGCAAGCACUCAUUUUCCUUGGCAUGCGUCUCCCUUACGAACUCGCGCAUUGUCUAGUACAGCAGCCAUGUUGUCUAAUCCAGUUUCUGGUUCGAAAAAAAUUGAAACUAUGCGUGAUAAACGAUUCAGUGAAUCGAAAUUACCUGAGGGAAAAGACAAUAUUCAUCUGCCGAUUGAACACCGUAAUUCAUCGGCAACUAAAACGCCUUUCAGUAGCUUAUUACCACAUGGACUUCCUUUCGCGAAGCAUCAUCCACGAGCUACUUCACAAGAUGAGACAAAUAUAACUAACAAUAACAAUAUUAUGUCCAUGUCCGCUUCUGCAAGUCAAUUCUCAGAUCCACCAAUCACAAAAUUAGAUGCCUAUUUGCAAUCAAAAUCAUCAAUAUCAUCUGUGAACCCGCCUCGACUCCCACCUUUCAAUAGUAGUGAACAGUUACCAGCAACACACAAUGAAGAUUCGACAUCAUCGCCACCAUUUAUUCUCGAUGAUGCGCCAACUGAACCAAGAUCGGGUACAGUGACAGCAUCUGACUUCCAUGGAGCGUUAUAUGUUGCAGAUAAUUAUCAUAAAAAUUUUUAUGAUUACUUUCAUGUGAACUAUUAUGGCGAGCUCGAUAGUGAAACUCCAUUUAUAGCAUCACUGCGCAUCAUUAAUUCUGAAAUACCUUCGAAGGAUGCGUCCGAAGCUCGUAUGAUUGUUCGUACACCAGAUCAUAACUAUAUUGUAUCUGAGAAAGUUACUGCAACAAAUGAGAAUAAUCUUGCUGGAAUUUUAAUUCGAAAACUAGAUCUAUCGCUAAGUCAUACAUUGAAACCUAUCGGCGAUCCAAAAGCGAAUGAAAAAAUUUAUUUAUUCGAUAAAACUAAUGACGAAAGAUGUAAUUGUAAAAUUGGUGUUCUUUAUCAACGAGUAAAUCAAACUGUCGAACAAGAUAUAUUCAAUAAUGAUAUUCUGCCUAAUGAUAUGCUGGAUUUUCUUAAUAGAAUAUCUAAACGUGUUGAUUUAAAAGGCUUUCCAAAGUAUCGCGGCGAUCUUGAUACGAAAAAUGGUUCUCAUGGAGAAUAUUCAUAUUAUGCUCAAUAUGAAUACCAUGAAAUCAUGUUUAAUGUAGCGCCAAUGAUAGUAUCAGUAAAUGUCGAUGAACGAUAUACCAUAAGAAAAGGUUUAGUUGGUAAUGCAUUUGUUUGUGUUGUUUAUCAAGAACAAGGUGCGAAUUUUUCACCGGACUUUAUCUCAGGAAAAGUUACACACAUUUAUAUUACUGUACAGCCAUGUAUGGCAGGUGAACGAAUUCAGUAUAAAAUUGGCAUUUGGCAUCGAAGUGACAUAAAGAAUAAAAUUUCUCCAAACGGUGGAGUUUUAAUAUGCGAUGAGUCAUUUUGUUCGUAUUUUCUUACAUUACUACUGAAUUCGAUAGAUUUUGCCAUCAAAUCACACAAUCUGCGUGGUUUCAUAUUUGACCAACGACGACGGUUAAAACUUGAAGAAUUAAAAAAACUUUCGCAUUCAUUUAGUAUUGCCUCGGUACCUGAUAUUUGUUCUGAAACAGAUAGUGUUGCAGCUCAAUCGGAUUUACGUACUUCUAUACGUACCGAGAGUUUUACAAGUAAUACAACAGCUACAACAAAUGAUAGUAUAACUCUACAUAAUGGUCGUACAUCACCAGCUCCUCCAAAAAGGAAAGGUUUGUCAAAAAUUUUCAAUGUUUUCGGCAACCGAUCGGGAUCCAUGCCAUCAUCGACCUAUACGCCGUCAUAUCAUGCCAAUAACGAAGGAGUUUCUGGCCCUACACGUAUAUUAUCGAUACCAGAAGGACAAACGAUUUCAAAUCACACAACUACACCGACAAGCAAAGAAAGUAUUCAUCGGCCACGAUCAACAAAAACUGAACCGGCGCCUUUGCUAUUACCUCAUGCAACUAAUCCAAAUACGUUUAGCAGUGUACGUUCUAUUUCACUCAUGCCAACAAAUAGUACGGUUCUUGAAAGUUCAACAGAAACUAAUCUUAUAAAUACAGCUGCUUUGGAUAUAGUACCGCGAAGUCGUUCUAAUUCUUCACCAGAAAGCGCUGUUAAUACUAAUAAAGCUAAAUCACUUGCAACAACAAGACUAGUACAAAAGCCUGUAGCAAGUAGUUCCGAUGAUUCUGAUGAGUCAGGCGGAGCUACCGUGAGUGAUACUGAAGUAUAA